GAAGAGUCUGAAAUGGAGAGGCAGAUACCCAUGACAGCUUUUGACUAAGGCGGGGACUGCCCAAGAAGCAGAGGAGUAGAGCUUAGCCACCUGGAUUCAAGAAGCUGAACCCAUGUCUCUUCCCCGACAGCUGCGAGAAAAGAGUGAUUUUGACCAGCUUCCAGAUGAUGUACCUGUUUCAGCUAACAUUGCAGAUAUUGAGGAGAAGAAAGGCUUUACAAACUACUUCAUGUUUGUCAUUGAAGUAAAGCUUAAAGGUCGUGGCAGAUACCUGAUUUUCCGACGCUAUCGUGAGUUCUAUGCCCUGCACACCAAACUAGAGGAGAGAUAUGGGCCAGAGAGUGAUAAUGGCCCAUUCACCUGCACACUCCCUGUAUUGCCAGGAAAAGUUUUUGUUGGUGCCAAAAGGGAAAUUGCUGAGAACAGGAUUCCUAUCCUAAAUGUCUACAUGAAGAACCUACUCUGCCUCCCUGCUUGGGUGUUGAUGGAUGAAGAUGUACGACUGUUCUUCUACCACUCAACCUUCGAUAGCGAGCAGGUGCCUCACAGACUGAGACGGCUUCGCCCACGGACCCGCCGAGUUAAAAGCAUUUCACAUCAAGUACCUAUUUUUGACCGCACAGCAGCUCCGCGGGCUGAGGCACUGUUUGAUUUUCCUGGAACCAAUAAACUGGAACUCAGCUUCAAGAAGGGAGACUUGAUCUACCUACUCAGCAGAGUAAAUAAAGACUGGUUGGAGGGAACUGCUAAUGAUGCCACUGGGAUUUUCCCAUGUGCUUUUGUGAAGAUCAUAAAAGAUUUACCACAGCAGGAAGACACAGUCAAUAAAGUCCGCUGUUAUUACCACAGUGAGACUGUGAGCACUAUCAGGGAUAUCUCAGUGGAAGAGGAUCUGAGCAGCAUUCCAUCAUUCAAAGAUCUCAUGGAAUUGAUGAGGCGGGAGUUUGACCAAGAUGACAUUGCUUUGAAUUAUCGGGACCUUGACGGGGAUCUGAUCCGGUUGCUCUCCGAUGAGGAUGUUGAACUCAUGGUAUCUCAGAGCAGGAGAAGGCCCUCUGAGAAGCACUUUUUUCCUUGGAAGUUGCACAUCACUCACAAAGAUGACUUGGGUGUCUACAACACUAGUCCAGGAAUAGAUGCUACUCAAAUAGUAGGAGCAAUAUUGCCAUAAUUUUCUCUUCAUUUGCUGAUAUGAACAUUUGUGUGCCAGUGCAUAAUUAUUUCUGUCAUGCUGGAGUCUGAUCAGGUAUUCAGAGUUUCUUCUAGAAGGAUCAAGAAAACUUUUUUGUACUUCAGUGAAGAAAUUGCAGCCCACCUUAGCUUUCUUCUUUCCACUGCCCAAUAUAUUGAAUUUUUUGAAUCAAACUUAGUACACCUGUGGUGUUCCUCAUAGACCUUUUUGUAAUUGUACAGACUACUUAUUUCUGCAUUCUGGGAAAACAUGCAUGAUGCCUAUUCAAACAGGAGUUUAUUCUCUGUCUAUCUUCUGCUUUCGGACACUUCAUUUCAAAGGAGAACUAACAAGAAAUUACUGUAUCAGAUUCUUCA